AAACAGGUGUCGUAGUUUAAUUUAAGAAGCCAAGGUCUACUGAAAGCCAGCAGGUUUGUGACCAACGUCGGUAAAAGAAUAGUGCGAAAGAACAUACCUAUAGAAGAAUAUAAUAAUCUGAAUAAAAAAGCAAUAAACUUCAACAAGUUUCAUAUCAGAGAAUGUCGUUCUUUAAUAUCGAUAUGCGGUUGUUGACGUUAAUGCUGUUGUGGUUUUUGUGUACGAGCACCACCAGCCAAGCAGCACCUACAAUUAAGGAAGUGAUUGCAGAAUCAGCAUCAGCUAAUAAACCCACAACAAUAUUGCCAGAUAUUGACACUGAAAUGCAGUCAAAAUUACAAACGGCUGUUGAACAGAGUACCAGCGUUGCUGCUGGGAAUGAUAUUGUCGAUGAUGAGGCUGCUGCUGCUGUUGCGGUUGCCGCAUCCGCUGAGCAUAUGGCCACUGACAUUGUGGCACCAUUAACUCACAUUGCGCACAUUACCUACGAUUCAGUGCCGGUGACGCAUAAGCCCGAUGAUCAUAAGCCACUCUUUCAUCGGGAAUCGCACGAUGAGUUGGUAAGGUUGUAAAAUGCGGAAUGUGAAACUGUGUAAAUCGCUGGCAAUACUUAAAAUAUUUAAUGUAAGAAAACAGCAAAAUGAAUUGGAAAUAUAAAAUAAAGUCGGAAAAUUUAA